AUGGUAAUGCAGGAGGUUGACAGUAUCGGAUGUUUCGUAUGUUUCUCAUUCAAUGGAUCAGAUCCAUCAUGCGAGGACACGUUCAACUCAACGAUACUCCACAAAGAACCGAAUAGGAUUGUAGACGAUGUGUCACAGACUAUGGUGAUCCGAACCUGUGCGCUGGAUUCUGGUACUUUCACUGCAGAUACAGAAAUCGUGCGCAUCUCGCAUUGCGGUCAUUUUAAAUACAAGGGUCAUCAGUAUUCUGGAUGUGUGCAAUCCUGUGAUACCGAUGGAUGCAAUGGUGCUUCUGGAAUGGGUACCCAUUUGUAUGUCCCCUAUGUGGUGCUAAUAAUAAUCAUCGUUUUUGCCGCUCUUCAUUAUCAAAUUUUACCUGAUUUUAUAGUUAUCUCGUUAGAGAUUGUUGGACAGGAUAGAAAUCAUUUCGAAUAUCCAUCGAAUUACGAUUUACUUUAUACAGUUACAUCCUUUUUGUGA